CACCCUCCUCUGCUUUGCACACAUAUCAUCAGGCACUCGGCCUGGGAGGUGUACUGCCUGAGAUUUUUGCCUCCUUGAGGUGAAUGCGGCCUCAAGGGCCUAUCUUUGUGGGCCUGCCCCACCUGGGGCCAAUUCUGAUCUGGAUAUUCACUCGUAAUGGGAUGUCUGGUUGGUGUGAGGGCCCCAAGAAGCUGCCCUGGUGCCCAUUGCACAAAGUUAUAUUGCUUGUAUGGACAACCAUCUACUCUGUCAUGGGUUACGCCUCCUACCUGGUAUGGAAGGACCUGGGAGGGGGCUUUGGGUGGCCCCUGGCCCUGCCUCUUGGCCUCUAUGCUCUACAACUCCCUAUCAGCUGGACCGUCCUGAUGUUCUUCUUGGAGGCAGACAACCCUGGUCUGGCCCUGGUAUACCUGCUGCUGCUUUAUGGACUGGUGGUGAGCAUGAUGCCGAUCUGGUACCCCAUCAACAAGCUGGCAGCCCUGCUCCUGCUGCCCUACCUGGCCUGGCUCACUGUCACUGGAGCCAUCACCUACCAUCUCUGGAGAGACAGCCUAUGUCCAGCAUACCAGCCUCAGCCCACUGAGAAGGACAGCUGAAACCCUAGGGCAUGGGACAGGAGGGAGGAUGGCGGUGAGGAAGAGGCAGGCUGGUGUCUUUUCUCCCUAGAAUUCCAAGAAAUGGGAAGGA